AUGAGUUGCAGAAGACACGAUGGGCAUCCCCUUGUUAGGGUCUGUUUUUCCUGUAGUGACCAGCUGGUGUGCGACGAGUGUACGAAACUUGACCACUCCGGCCACAUCUUCCGCGAGAUCGAGGAAGUCGGUAAAGAACGACAGAAGACGUUGCUCCAGAACCUCAAAGAAACGGAAGCUGUUGUUUUGGGUAUACAACAAGACCUGGGGAAACUUCAAAGCUUUAACGAAGGCAAUCGAUCACAGUCCAGAGACGUUGUCGACAAGAUACAGCGCCGAGGCAAAGACAUUCAAGACGCCGUCAACCAAUACACAAAGCAACUGGUGUUUAUGUGCGAACGGCAUCAUAACGACACAGAUUACGACAUCGCCGAAACCAAAGUGAGACUAGACUCGGAACUUAUGAACGCAACCAAGUCUCGUGGUAUUAUACAAGCUGCGUUAGAGUCCGAGAACUUCCCAAAAAUCAUAGAAACUGAGAAAUACCACCGGAACAAUCAAUAUCAGAGACAGGUGGUUUCCGUUAAGUCUCCGAGAUCCGUUGCUUUAGUGCACGGAGCAGGUACCGUCGGACAUCUUAGGGAAAUAUUCGGAGAUAUUGAAAUUCAGCAUCAGGAUAAUUACCAAUAUCGUUUCCACAACGAAUCUGAGACACGAGAAGAACACGAAAAUGCAAAAAGAAGAAAACAAGAUGGCGGCUACAACGUGUGUGACACAACCGUCACUUCAGCGUUCGAGCAGACGACAUCCUCUUUCGGAAUCUGUUUCAUUUGUCCGUCGCUAGCAUCGGUCGAUGAAUGCUGGAUACGUCUUGAAAGAAUGAACGAGAUUAAACUGGUCUCCAGGACGGGCGAUGUGAAACAAACAAUCCAUUUCGACACUGCUGUAGCCUGUCUCGCUAAUACUGCGGACAAUCGGACAGUGGUCAGUUGUCCGGACAAACAUAUUAUACAAGAGAUUCUACCGGACGGAACACCGAAGACACUUUUCCAUCUGGACAGACUGUCCCCGCGUGCGCUAUGUCUGACGACAGAAGGAAAUCUUCUGGUGAGUCUAGUAGAGAAAUGGAGUUAUUCCGUAUCUGCUUUCAGCACACGGAAGAUCGCUAAGUAUACAGUCAAAGGUUACAAAAUGGCGGAAGCAGAAUACGACGGCCACCGGAAGAGGUUGUUUAUCAAGCCUUCAAGAGUCGCUACAAGUCUUUCUUCCGGUGAUGUGGCCGUCAUCAAUCGAACGGAAUACGAAACUAGUCAUCUAGUCAUUUUAGACAAACAUCUUCGCCUCAAGUUCCGAUACUUUGGAGAUAGGAAGAUAAUCCCGAGCUCGAAGCGUUACUAUGGCAAAGAGUCUGUCCAGUUCUGUCCUCAGGACGUCCAGUACGACGCGGGAAACAACAUCCUGAUCGCCGAGCUGUACAGUUGUUCUAUUCAGCUGAUUGACGGCAAUGGUCAUCUGCUCAAGAUCCUUCAUACAGACGAGGACAUUCCCUGGUCACUGGCCGUCCAUACUGACCAUCAGGUGUGGACAGGCUACAACAGCGGAAAGGUCAAGGUACUCAGCUACCUUAAAUAGACAAUACAAGCGUGUGAACAACUAUGUCACUGUGGCGGAGGUGAUGGACUUUAUCACAACAGUGUCGAAACUUCUUGAACUUCUGUUUGGAAACCUUGACUACGCCAUGCUACUGUGUCUCAUCUCGGAUGGAAGUCGUGCAAGAGAAAUAUACUGGAUUACAGUUUACAGAAUUAUUGUUUCAUAUUCUUAUAGAUAUCUGGUUAAAUCUGAAACGUCGAUAGCAAUGUUAUAUUGUUUUCACAAAGGAAUUAAGUUCAGACGAAAAACAUUUUGGAGUGAUCUUUGUGCAUUUUAAUUGAAGUCACACGCACACAAAUAAACAGAUAAUUUAUUGACAGAAACCUACGUUUUUUUAAUCGGACAACAAAUUCCCCUGGGACCGAUUACAGUGGUGAUCAUUUGAUCAUAGUAUAAUUACCUCGUGGUAUUCUCUGAUGUUUUAACCGUCACCUGUCCGCUAUAGGUACGUCCAGCGAGCAUGACCAUAUACUGACCACAAGACGUAAAGGACGGAGCUUGCCCUCCAUCAUUUGGAAGUAUCGGCAGACAGCUUUGUGUUGAAGAACUAACUUUGAAGUCCGUUUAAACUUUGAAAUUUCGACAGUAUUAAUAUGCUAUUUUCAAACCAGAGUUGUUGAAUUGGACACCGAUGCCGGGUUGUUCUGGUUCAUAUGUACCUAAUUCAAGAAAUUACUCUUAAUUCAACUUUAUUUUUUAUCACGAAUGUAAAUGGAGUAAUGAUAAUGAACACAAAUAUUCUAUUUUUAACAUUUAUAUAAUAAUACUUCAGCUAUAUAAGAGCUUACUUUUGGAUUAUCU